CAUCAUUCAUCGCUCAUCACCAUCCAUCAAGACUAUACCGUAUCAUAUCGAAUCAUCAUGUCCAAGUUUAACGCCAAUGAGAUAUCAACCGAUUCGAACCCUUCGAGCAGUGUCCCCCCACCUUCAGGUGACCAAACCUCCUCAGCGGGAGCUGCUCCGUCCACCGUCGACCUCACCCAAAUGCCAGAUUCGGCCGAUAAUCAGCAAUAUGACGAUGCCACUGGGAGGUAUUUUAUAUCGGUUGACCUCACCGGAACCCCCGAUGAUCUGCCAUGUGAAAAUGCCACUGGGAGAGAAGAAACCGAAAACCUAGAGCAUCUUAUAUCGGUUCAACGUGCUGAGGCUGUUUGCGAACCUAUCCUGAAUCCUGUUGAGAUACGCUCGACUGUGGUUGCGCGCCAAUAUCCUACAGACGAUACUCCUGACGUUGCGCCUGAAAUCCCAUCUCAAGACACCAGUUCAUCGAUUUCGCCUCCGCCAGAACAAGCGCCUUCCUCGGCGGUUACAACCAACCAAGAAAUACCCAACCAGGCGGGUGAACUGGCAGGAGCCUGGCCUCCUAUAGAUACCCUCCGAGAACUUGGAGAGGCCCUCAUGAACAGUCUAGAAUCAAUUGAUGAUAAAGAUCCUGGCCGUGACAAGUUGAUUCAGUUAGCGCCUGUUGGACUCAACAGCGACGGAAGUUGCUCGGCCGACUACGUUUGCCUACACCGCACGCAAGGAAUUCCUAUGCCCCAUGAGCCGUACCGGAUAAAGAUCAACUGGCCGCAGAUUGAUAUGGGUCAAGGAGCUCCUCGGCGCGUAGAACGCUACCAUAUCAGAUGUUGGGAAACAAUGAUAAACCAGGGAAAACUCGUGAAUAUCAAGCUCUUUCCGAAGACAGCCGAAUAUGGAGACCUCAAGAAGAUUGGGCUCAUGGCGAGACAGUGGCUUAGAUACUCGGGAGGGGUGUUUCCUGGCAGAAUGGACGAGAUGCUCAAGGAAGUCGAGAAGCUUGUGCAGCCUGGACAAAAUAUCGCAGAACUUUGGGAGGUUACAUGUGCGAAAACCGUGUGGCACCUAGCGGGUAAGCCCCGUGCUCUUUCGGAUAUUCUCGAGAUUGGGGAUGCGCAUGAGGAGUGA